AUGAGAGAGGCAGGAUGCGUGUCGACUUGCUUUGUAAAGCGGAAAACAUUAACUCGAGAGCACCUGCCCAUUCCCGGGAGAGUUAGGACAGCCCAUCUGGUUUGGCUACAGGGACUGUGCCGUAGGAAGUGGAAGAGGAAAGAGGAGGAGGAAGAGGAGGAGGAAGAGCGAGACAACUCAACAACAGAAACACGGCUACGGUUAGGACUUGGCAGCGUUUCAACGGGCGUCAAAUCCGCAGUGGCUCUGAACUCUGGAGGACUUCUGCAAGGACGCUGGAACAGGCCAUCAGUGAUCAAAGAAACCAGCCCGAAACCUGGACAGAUCGACCUCUGCCCACUGGCGCCUCUGAAGUUUCGCCUGAAUGCCUUUCGCUCAACUGCUGCGACGCUCUACUCAGAUCCCAGUGGAAAUGGGUGGUUAAAGGACGUGGCUUUCUUCUCCCAAGUCUUCCGUGGCUGGUGGCAUCGGACUCCGGAGCAAGCGGGCGGAGGGCAGGUCGCGCCCCGGAGGCCUUCUGCGUCAUACCCCCGGUGUCCUAGGAAAGAGAAGCAAAGGCGAAGAGGUUAA